AUGACGAAGGGUAAAGGGAAAGCGAAGGCAUCAAAGAACCAGCCGAAGGUUACGACUUUGGAACCCUCUUUGACACCUGACCCACAAGCGGAUGAAGCUGUGACAAGUAUGAUGGCACACGCUUUACCAGCGGAUUCUUUUGAUGUAGUUACAACGGGCAAGACCAAGCCCAAGAAAUCAAAGAAGUCUAGGGAGAAGAAAAAUCCACCGAUGGAGUCAGCUGACGAGAUACCGAAGCACAAGCAGAUAGAAUCGGGAACGGGAGACCUAAUACCACAAGGUAAAGAAGCCUCAAUAUCUGAAUCAGAACAGGGGGCGGACUCUGGAGGAGAAGAUUCAGGCGAUCGGGACACAGAUGAUUACCUGCGCAAAUUCCAGGAAUACAAAGACCGGAAGAUGACCGACAAACGAAAAUAUACGGGGGAAGAGAAAUAUAAGAGUUCUAGCGGAGACGAGGAUCAAUCAUCGCUCGAAAUUUGA